UCAUGGUGGAAUGCCAGUUACAUUGGAGCCAUCAAAAACAGCAAAUAUUACAUAUCUUUUCACAAAUCUGGUAGGUACCAAUAUUUGUAUAGAAAAAUGGCAAAUUUAUGGGAGAUGUUGUUAGUAUAGAUAAUAGUAUACCCUGGGUGCCAGAGGUUUUCAGGUUUUUAAAGGUCUUGAGUUUAUUGCACAGAAACCCUAGCUGAGAAACGUUCUGAAGGCUCUGGAACCCAGGGUAGUAAUAGUAUGGUUCCGAGUGCAAUUUGGAAAAAAAAAAUGCACAAGUGAGUUUUUCAAAGACUAUCAAUUUGAAGUCUUUCACGAGCGUAUGUUUUUUUCAAAUUCCACGAGAAACCAUACUAUCACUUAUUAAUAUACAUGAAAAAAUUAUGCAGUCACAUGCGUAAGUCACAUUUAAGAAAUUAAGAAAAUUAAGAAAUUUGAAAAAUAUAAAUUAAGAAAUUUGAAAAAUUAAGAAAUUUGCAAUGUGUUACUUUUGUACUGACACUAUUUCAUUUUUUGGCACUGUAUUUCGAAAAAAAUGCCUGCUCUUAUAUAGCCAGUCAGAAUUGAGAAAUUUUUUCAUGUAUAUUAUAGUUAGACUGUUAGUGCAGAAACAUUAUUUCCUAGCCAUGUCCCCCGAAGGUAGGCAACCAAGGAAGCAUUGUUUUCCUGUAGCCUAGCCGCAUUUAAAACAAAUUUUGUUGUGGCAACAAUUUCAAAUAUAUUUAGUAUCCGCUGGAUAGAGUUGGCCAGUGCAUAUUUCAUCUGUGGCAAAGUAAGAACAAAAUUGCACAUACUAUUCGUUUUAACACGACGUAUCAAUCGCAAGAACAAGAUUCGUGGCUUGGAUCUCUCUACAGUAAGAUAUUAUUUUUAUCUUAUUUACGGUAAGUCUAUAUUCUUAGUUUUCAGUGCUCUGCGUAGUUGCAAUGGAAACCAACAUGUAGCGCUCCCUUACAAAGAAAAUUGCGCGCCGUAGCAAAAUACAGCGCACUGUAAUAGACAAGUAGUGUGCAGAAUGCAAGUAUUCUUGUGCGGGUACACGUCCCCUGGUCUGCCUGAUAAUGGCGCGCAUUUUAUGCUGUUAAGUUCAGUACUACGUAUUUUAAAUAAUUUUACGUUUGAUAUUUUAGAAACAAUUGCCGGUGAUGAGAAGAAAAUGAAAGUGUGUGAUACGAUGGAUCUGGUACUGACUGUGUUCUGUAGUGUUAAAUAAUUAGCCUUUUCUCAAAAGAGAUCACAGUGCAUGCAUUCUGGAAUCGUUUGGAGGGACAAAAUAUAUGGAGACAGGCGUCAAAUAUGUGAAAGAGUAGAAGUAUCUACUAUCAAAUAUCAACUUUUUACAAGACCAAAAAUGAAAUAUCUCCUUUUUACAUUAAACGUUUAAUUUAGAUUAAGCCCAGGACUUUGGGAAAUGGCUAAUUGUGAUCACCGUGUAAGUCAGUCAUCGUAUCUACCUGAACUAUCUGUCAUUCCUAGGACCCUCGACGUAACUGUAAGCCUGUAAACUGCGUUCAAAAAUACAAUGGUAGAAGAAAUUUCUUCAGGAAAGAGACGAAACUUUGCGAACCUGUCCAUGAAUGUUACACCAGCAGUGAUGAUGACGGCCUACCUACAACGGUAUAAUGAGUAAAUUAAAAAUCAAUUAAGAGGUUAUUAGAGAAAGAAUCUUCUUAGUUUUGGUUUAUUCUUGCAGGCGUUUGAUAAAGAUCAUAAUAAGUGUAAAAGUUUGAUUCAGAAACAACUGACGAAAGAAGAAGAACGAGAUUUGAAAGAUAAUGUAGAAAGUCACAUGGAGGCAUCAGAGAGAGCAAAGUUUAAGAAUCUUGGUCCUUCUGAUUCCGUAAGUAAUGUUCGCGGCUAUUUACACAAGGGCAGGAUGGAUUAGGAACCGUGUUCAAAUUUGUAUGAUUUCGUCUUUCGAGUGCACAUGGGAACGAUGAAACUGGAACAAUUCAAGCAGAGUAAACAAUAGACUUUUUAUAGUAAACAAUAAACCUUUUUAAAAAGUCUGCUUUGUGACGUAGUUUGCGGAUAAAUACGAUCAUUAGGCCAAUCAGGCAAGCCAAAUGGCUGUGCGGGGUUUUCCUUUAUCCGCAAACUACAUCACAAACCAGGAACCGGAUGUAUUUCCAUUACUCAUUAAAAGGUUCCAAAUUCCUCUCGUUUGAAAGUAGUAUAAUCCUCGUGUUUGAGUUUUUUGGCCGUACAAUUUUCAUUUUCCUUUACCACUUAAUAAUUUCUUUCAUUGUACUACCUCGCAAAGUUUCAUGCUUCUCUCAUCAAAAUGCAUUGUUGUGGUCGACUGGCCAGCAUGGCUAUUACAAUGCGGAAAUUGCUAGAUAGUAUACUUCAAAAUAAGGUUUCCGUUCUUAUAUCAAUUUCUUAAAUAAGGUUAGGUUGGGGUUAGGGUUAAGGUUAAGGUUAGUAUUAGGGUUAGGGUUUAGUUUUGCGUUAUGAUGUUUUUUUCUACGUUAUAAAAACGAAAACCUUAUUUUGAAGUAUACUAUCUAGCAAUUUCCAUUACCAUGCAGUAGCAAACUAUAAAAGUUUAUUUCUCAAUAUUUCAAGAUCCCAGUACGAUGUAAUCAUGGUAAACGUGCGGGUGAUAUGUGUGUCUGUGAUGAUGGUUGGAAAACAGAUACAUCAAAGGUUCCUCUUGGUGAUCCAAAGUUUGUUUACAACUGGUGUAAUGUUAGAACAAGAAAGAAACCGUUACUGCCUUAUAAACAACAAAAACAUUUCAUGAUUGCCGUAUCCUUUACCCUAUGAAUACAUCUGACUUUCCAUUCCCGAAGAGUUUAAGGUUGGGGAGUAGGCUUUGUGUUAGGGUCGAUUGAGGGAUAGUUGUUUUAUCAGGGCCGAAUCUACCGUGGGGGUUCAGGGGGUGCACACCCCACCUAGUGGUGUCUAGCCCCUCACCUAGCGGUGUUUUGUAAGCUCGCGAGAAAACACUCAGAAUGCUUUAGUCAAGUAUCAUGGUUAAAUAUGCAAACAUGUACUGUACUGUGCUACAGCAACUAUUCAGUCACGCAUACGUGAUAAAAAGCCGAUAUAAAAACUUCAUAAGCAAAAGGUAAAAUAAACGUAACAGAACGGCGAACAUGCAGAUUCGGCAAUCUCAAACAAUGGUAAUGUUGGGUCUUGGGAGUAAGGCUCUCUCAUUCACCACCCCAUGGAAAACCUGCACCCCUCCUUGUAGAUGAGGCUAGAUCCACCCCUCUAUUUUAUGUUUCGGGCGAGCGGAAGUAUCCGUGGUUUUGUUCAUUGGAUUGAGGUUCGUAUUAGAGUUGAGUUAGGUUUAGAUUAGAGUCACAGAUGAUGUUAGAGUAAGAGUAGACUUUCAAUGUUGGAUUGGAAUAACAAAGAAUUGGCUGUUAUAAGUAACCUGUUAUGAAUUUUAACUCGUACUAAGGGUCUAUCUCUGACCAGUUUUACCCUUCUUGUGACCUGGUUGUGGAUGAUACAUCGUUAUAUCUACCCUCAAGCUGAUGAUCACAUGAAGCUCAUUUGGAAGAAAACUAACUUUUUUACCAGUGGUAAAAAGAAGGAACUGCCUGAUAGAGUGGCGGAGACAACACAGCUCUUUGAAGACCCUAUUUUGACGUCUGUCGAUGAUAUUCAAAGUGUUCCUGCCAUGAAAAGUACGAAUGUUGUUGAUGUGUUUUAGAAAGCAGAUGGUGGUCACCCACAGAGCUGUAAUUGGCAAUACUUUCUCGCUCGAAUGUACGAUAGCGCUCAAUGAAAUCCACACUAACCCCUACGCAAGUAACCAAUUGUAAUUAUUUAUCUUUUCAGGUAAAUCAAUACAAAAAGGAAAAAGUGCGUUCUCUUUCGUAAAGCAUUCUGCAAAAAAUCUCUUUUCAUUUCGUUCUUUAACUAACGAAAAAAGCAGUGUGCCAGCUUCAGCCUUUAGUAAUGUUGAUGACAUGGCAAGCAUGUCUUCAGUUCAACAACCGUCCAUUACAGAUGAAAGCAAUCCCAGCAUUUCGAAUGUGUCAACAUUGGUUCAAUAUGGGAGCAGUAUUUCAGCUGGUCAUACAACACAAGAUGGCAGCAGUAUCUCCGUUCGUGGUAGGGCAGUGGCUCAACAGCAAUCCUUAUCUGGUCAGAUGUCACAAGAAAGAUCUAGUAGAACAGGCAAUGUGUUUCCUGGUAAUGUUCAGCCGAGAAAUAGUUCUAUACCUGACAAGGUAUCGCAUGAAUAUGCUAGCAAUAUUGGCAGUACUGUGGUUGGACAGCGAAGUUUACAGAAUGAAGGAGGUGAAACCUCAGAAAUUUUGAAAGAUGGUAAUCCUGUCAGCUCCGAUGAAGGCGUGGUGAAGGAGUCUAGCAGGAUUGUAGCCAGUCGUACGACACGUGCUGGCUCUACUUUCACUCUUGCGGGUAAGACCCUGUUUUGAACUAGUUUUUUUCAGGACAUUUGCGUUUCAUUCCUUUCAGAAACACUUGUCCGUUCUUACAUUACAGCAAGCCCGGCGGUAUACUUCAGCUUUCUGCAGUUCAUGCAGAAAUACGUAUAAGAAGGAACAGUGUUGCCAAAAUUCGUUUUGUCUAAGAUUUAUAUGAAGCUGUGAUUUGUUCAUUUUGUUAAUGUUUUUUCUUAUUUUUUUGUUUGAAAGGUCCUGAAGACCCUCAACUCAUGCAAAAACGUUUGUCAACAUCAUCGCCAGUGUUUGACAACUUUUCUGACUCGGAUUAAAUCGUUGUCCUUAGAAAGAGAAGCAUGACGUAGUUACGAUUUCUUGGCUUUAUUGUCUCGUAAUAUUUGGAAUAUUUUGUUUUGCCUUUGAUAUGUUGAGAUUGAACUGCCAAGUCCUUAAUUAAAUGAAUUUAGUCUGCAAUGAGGUG